UCCUUUAGGAAUUUUCUCUCCUGAAACCCGGUCUCCUUCGAUAGCUAGUACCGCCAUUUGAGUCUUUGUGUUGCUUCGCACUUUCUCUCAACGAUCCAACAAUUCAACGGCACUGUUUUGUGAAUUCAUAUUGGUAAAAUGGAUGCCAACUUGUCACCGGCUGGUUUAGAUAAAGAACAGAUAUUUGGAAUAGCUGAAAAGGAGAUGGAAUAUAGGGUCGAACUAUUCAACAAGAUCACCCACAGCUGUUUCAAUAAAUGCGUUGACAAUAGGUACAAGGAAUCUGAGCUAAAUAUGGGUGAAAAUAGUUGCACUGAUCGCUGUGUUUCAAAAUACUGGCAGGCAAGGCAAAUUAAGUAUAGAUGGAUCAUGGAAGCUCUGAUUUCAAUAUGGCUUUUGCUUUUGAAAUCAUGGGAGACUGCAAAUGUUGAGUGUAGUGAUUGUCUUAUUGUCUUGGCAGUUUUCUUGUGUUUGUUAGGUGACUAAUCUAAUUGGUCAGCUGCUUGGUUCUGGGAAGCAUCCGAUGUAAUGCAAGAGUAGGGUUAUGUUUCCAGUUAGCUACAUCUACCAUAGUAAUAGUUGCUUCCAAGGAAGCGUUAAUUUAAUACUGUGUAAGGUCUUUAUUUUUGUUCAUGACUAUUCUGAGGUCAAUUUUGUUAAGAGAGGAAUUGAUGAUUAGCUUUUGAGGUUGUUCCCUGCAAUGAAAAGGAACCAGUGAUCGUUCCCUGCAA